CAUUCUCCUCUGUCAAUCUACAGCUCCACACUCGAUCUUCGAUAUAUGGUCUGCAGCAUUAACCCCAAAAUUCCCCAAUUUCUAGGGCUCUUUACAUCUAUGCAUACAACGACUCUCAGAACUUGGUGUCAUUGGGAGUUGCGUCUUUGCAGUGGGGUUAGUGUUUGAAUUGUGGUGCUGUGACUGCUGUCAUGUUCCAUCCUUAGUGCCUGAAUUGAUUUUUGAAAAGAAUUGUUAAGACAAGAUAUAGCACUAAGCUAUGUAUGGAAGAGCGGGUCUUGAUCGUUUCAAGAAAGCCCAGUCUUCGGAACCUUUCGCAGUUACUACGAAUGCUGCCACUAAAACACCCAUACUUCCUGCUUCUGGAGAAGCUAAUCAAGCUCAAGGAUCAUAUUUGCAGAACCAACACCAAAAUUCUCAGAAUGUUGUGAAAAGGCCUUUCGCAGUGGAUGCACCCCCAACUUCAGCUCCAGCUCCAGCUCCGCACGCGACACCGGUUGGAGGGGGACAGUCAAAUUGGCAGCCUCCUGAUUGGGCAAUUGAGCCUCGCCCUGGUGUUUAUUACCUCGAAGUUUUGAAGGACGGGGAGGUUCUUGAUCGGGUUAACUUGGAUAAGAGGAGGCAUAUCUUUGGCCGGCUGUUCCAUGCUUGUGAUUUCGUGCUUGAUCAUCAGUCUGUUUCUCGUCAGCAUGCAGCUGUUAUUCCACACAAAAAUGGCAGCAUAUACGUGAUUGACUUAGGCUCUGCGCAUGGCACAUUUGUUGCAAAUGAGCGAUUGGCCAAAGACUCCCCUGUGGAGUUAGAAGCAGGGCAGUCUCUACGGUUUGCUGCUUCAACCAGAACGUAUGUUUUGAGGAAGAACAACGAUGCUCUUUUCCCUCCACCUCCUCAACCCUCAGAGAUUGAUUUGCCACCACCUCCAGAUCCUUCUGAUGAAGAAGCAGUUUUAGCAUAUAAUACAUUUAUUAAUCGUUCUUUGAAUGGGUUGGCGACACCCAGCACAUUAUCUAAUUCGAAAAACUCAAUUAGCUCGUCAGUUACAAAGGAUGGCAGACAGCUAACUGAGAGAGCAUCGAAGAGAAUAAGGAGAACAAGAGUGGCAUUUAAGGACCAGGUUGGGGAGGAGCUGGUUGAAGUUGUUGGAUUUUCUGAUGGAGCUGAUGUGGAGACAGAACCUGGUCCCAUGGGUGUGAAAGAAGGAAGUCUUGUUGGGAAGUAUGAAUCACUUGUCCAGGUUACAGUUAUACCUAAAGGGUCGGAACAUACCCCUGCGAAGCAAGCUCCCAGUUCUGAAACAGGUGUGACAGAGAAACUUCAGCAAGUCUUGAACAAGGUCAAGGCUCCUGCCAAGAGUGGUGGUAUGUAUGACGAUCUUUAUGGAGAGUCAUUGUCUGUCAAAGUUGGCUCUUCUUGGGCACAUAAACCGGUUGCAUCUGGUAGUGGGGAAGCUUCUCCUAGUAUCGUGGGAGGAAAUACCUCUGGAUCCGAAAGUAAAUUAGUCAACAAUGAUGAUGAUGAUGAGGAUCUAUUUGGCUAAGCAAAAUGCUUAUUUUUUUGAGUUACAAUUGUUCUCCUGUAAGAACACUAUUUUUGUUCUAGAGCAGGUAUCUCUCUUUUGUUGUAUGAUUGAUUGCAUGAUUUGCAUCUCUUUUAUCAAUUGUCAUGUAUUGUGGGUUCUCGCAGUUUGCUUGAGUUACUAUACAAAGAAUUUUGAUGCUGUA